GUAUUUCUGUCCGUUUAACAAUAUUAUAAUUUUGAACGACUAAUUUUGCAAAGAGAAUGUAAAGACUGAAAUUACUUUGUGUAGAAUAAAAUCGUUUGGCAAAAAAAUAAAUGUUGCUUGCCAGUUCAGUUCAAGGUUUACGGUACAACAUGGCAGCCUCCUUACCACUCGUGUCAGCUAGAAUGUUCUAGCGCAUUCGUGUUUCUGUGUCUGAAGAGGAGUCAGCUGGUUUAAAAAAGACACCGCGUGUCCAUCCAACACGGUUUCAUAGAACUCUUGUAAAGUGGUGCACUUCAUCAUGGCAGAAGACAGACAGACCAGGAGAUAUCCUCAGAACCUGCAGGGGGUCCUGCAGCUGGCAGUGGGUGCUGCGUCACCCUCAGAGACACCUGUCCCUGCUGAGCCCAUGUCCGAGGAGAGACAAACAUGGCUGAGAGGUGCUCUAGCAGAAGUCUGCAAAGGGCAGAUGGAUGAAGUGGAACAGAUGAAGCAGUGCUUGGCUGUCUUACGCCACGAGGGAGUUAAGGAGAGUGAGAGAGGAGAGGAGGAGAGGGAUGAAGAGGAUGAAGAUGAGCGGGAAUCAAUCUUUGAGGUGCUGUCGGAGUUGUGUGAGAACCUGGACAAUGCUCGAGACCUAAUGACUCUUGGAGGACUGGAUUUGUGCGUCUCCCAGUAUCUGUGUCAUGCCCGAAGCGGACUGAGGUGGCGUGCUGCCCAUCUCAUCGCUUCCUGUGCGCAGAACAUGCCGCAGGUGCAGGUCCACUUGUUUAGCAUCGGGACGCUGCCAAAGGUGCUGCAGCUGACGGACUCAGACCCCCACCCCACCGUCAGAGUAAAAGCCCUUUACGCUGUGUCAUGUCUGGUUCGAGAGCAGGACGAAGGACUCCAGGCAUUCUUGUCCCACGAUGGCUUCUCCGUGCUGAUGCGAGGCAUGCAGUCGGACAACGAGAAGCUCAGGACCAAGUCGGCGUUCCUUCUGCUCAACCUGCUGAUGUCACAUCCCGAACAGAAAGACACAGUCGUCUCCAUGGGUAUGGUGCAGCAGCUGGUGUCUGUGCUCCGCACACCACACUCGUCUUGUCAUGAACAUGUGCUUGGUGCCCUUUGCUGUCUGGUGGAAGACUUUCCACAGGGUCUCAAAGACUGCAGGAAUCCUGCUCUGGGUCUGGAGGAGUUACUCCGACAGCGAUCCAGAGAGCUCAAAGGAAAAGAAGAGAGUCGGGAAGAACUGGACUUCUGUGAGCGUUUGAGGGUUCUUUGUUUCCGCGGGCAGCAGUCAGAAGACAAUGGGAUGGAUCGCUGAAGUCUAAUUUACCUCACCUGUUUUUGUUAUCGGUGUGCAAAGACAUUCAUGAUUGUGGAUGUUAAGCGAUGUUUUUGUUUUUGUCACAACAGAUGCUGUCCAUAUUUUGCAUGUCAUGCAGGAGCUGGAUUUUACUGUGUAAAUAACUCUAAUGUAUAAAAUUAUUUUUCAAGUCAGCUGUUAUUUCAGUCCAUGGUUUUCAGUUCUUCAUAUAAAUGUAAUACUUAACCAAAUACCAAUCUCCAUCACAGGUAAUAUUAAGUAGUUUCUAUUUGAUGUGUUAAUAUUUACAUCCCAAUGUGAACUUAGUUACACGUGUCUCUUUUUUAAUUGUUGUAGGUUUGUCUCAAGUCUCUCAGUUAAAGUAUUUUCAUUUCCUUGUAGUCUCUUUAAACAUGGCUCCGAAUUAUGGACAUCAUUGUUUGUUUGUUUGUUUGUUUUUACACCGUAUUUAUUUAUUAUUUACAAAACAAAUUGGUGUAUUUAUGUACACAUAAUGGCCGGCUCACAAUUUCCACCACAGGCACAACCUACACAUAAACAUGGAUGUCACACAACAUUAAAAUAUUUUGGCACAGAUAUUAAAUCAAAUAUUAUUCUAAA